AACCGCAAAUACGCAACCCCCGCCUCGGCGCCAACUAGGAAGAGAGAGCGAGGCGCCUAGGUACCCCGAGGCGGACGCAGGGCGCGCAGGGCAGCGCGCUGGUGAUUUAGCCGAGAACUAAGGCGAACGUUAUCAUGGCGGGGGUCUACACCGGCCAGUGGAUCCCCUUUUCGGACCAGAUGGGGCGACACGGCUGGUACAACCCGAGCACGGGGCAAACGACCUACCAGAUGUACGGCGCCUAUAACGCCGCCAACCCCAUGAUGGCCCCGCAGGCGCAGGUGCCUGUGCAGCCGCAAGUGUACCAGCAGCCGCCGAUGCAGGUGCCGAUGGGCUACAUGACCCAGCCGCAGAUAACCGCGCCAAUGGGACAGAUCCCGCAGAUGGUUCCGCAGAUUCCCCAGGUUCCCCAGAUAAUGCCGCAGCUGCCACAGCAGCAGCAGCAGCCGCGGCAGCCGCAGCAGCAGCAGUUUGCGGCUCCGCCGGGUUGGCAGCCGAUGUUCGACCGCUCCGGGCGGCGAUACUUUUAUAACCCGUCUACGGGCCAGAGCGUCUACCCGCUCUAAGAGGCAGAAGAACCAGUUAGCUGCGAGACGCACGGGUUCUAGAUCAGAACCAAUUUUUAAAGACGGGAUCUAUUCCAAGAACGAAAGAGGAGGAAGCAACGCUCACGCGCCAGAGCAUCUUACCCGCCGUAAAAUGGAAGCAUAGAGGCGGCGGCGGCUGCGGCGGCGGCGGGGGCUGGAUUGGCGUUGUGUGGUGUUUGGCGACGGCGAGGGCCGUGCUGGCUGUGGGGGUCGGAGCAGUAACUGCGCCGACCGCGGCAUGCGUGAUGGGUGACGAAUCCGAGGACUUCGCGGAUAUGGAGAGGCCGGAGACGGAGGGCGGAAUGAAGGUCGCGGUCGACAAGGGGAUGAGGGCGGUGACCGCAAUAGAUGCGGUGGAACCGAUUGAUGGCGGCGUCGGGCGUCUGCAACGACGACGACGGCGGCCUGGACAGCACAAGCGCUAGGGGGCAAGGGAACGUCGACCGCAGGAGGGGGGAGGGGGCGGGAGUAGCGUGGUUGCGGCAGAUGGGGCGAUAGGGCUAAAACGGUAUUGGUGACUUUCUUAACAACAACAAACGAGGGCGGCAGCAAAAGGAUUUAGCUCUUUGGUUUGUCUUGAAAAAACGAAGAAACUAUGCCGACUGUUGUUUUUUCUUUCUUUGAUUUUCUUUUUGCUGCCGCUAGUGGGGCCUUAGCGUGCAGCAUGAGAAUCGGCGGCGAGGUUGCUGGGUGGUUCUGUCGGGAUGGCCGUCUUCCGCCAGGAAAAAGUGAAAACAAGAAAUGUAGUGGGUGAGGUUUGUGUGCCGAUGUUACGUGGUGGUGUGAGUUUGUGUUGGGUGUUUUUUAAGGUGCCCUGGGUCUUUUAUUAACCGUUUUAUUCUUUGGGGUGUGCGGUAGGAGUGGGUGUGCAGAAAGGGUGGGAAGGCGCUCGCUUUCCCUUUAAGUUUGUUUCGAGGAACGAAUCAACUCCCUAGGUGGCAGGUGGGCGAGCAGGCAACACCUGACGCCAGGGGCGGGAUCAUGCACACGGGUUAGUAGUCGCGACGCGUCUACGAAGAAACGUGAUUGUUUAUUCCUAGGCAUUGUGACUAUGGGAAAGACAAUGAAAAGCGCGAAAACAAGGGGUAAGAUCAGAGCUGAGAAUCCUUAUUCCGGUCGGCGUGCGGCGCCCUUGUCGUCUUUGGCUAGAGAACAGAAAGGCGCUGGAGGAGCACGGGGGCUGGAGGCUAGGGAAACUACACCCCGGCCAUUCACUGCGGUGAUUGCACUCGAUCGUGAUUUUUGUACGAACGGAAGGAACAACGAGCCACACGAUCGUAGAUAAAGCGAUCGGCGUACUGCGAGUGGCGAGUAAUUUCCCCCAAGGGAAGGAAGCGGUUUUGGUGAAAGCUGGUUCACUGGUUCGUUGCUUUUCUCGAGACGGCCUAGCUGGAUUAAUAUUCCUUGAUUUGUUUUUUAUUUACGUUUGCAGUGCGGUGCCCACUAAUGGCAAAGUGUGAUAUGGUCGCUCGACUUCAUGUGCAUGGUUAUCUCCUU